UAGUGAGUAGUUGCUCUCACACAGGACCAUAAAACCCACUCUGUGAGAGUAAUUCUUCAAGUUCUUUUACGUCAAGCGCCACCAAACGUCAGGGAACAUGCGCGAGUGUAUCUCCAUACACGUUGGUCAGGCUGGUGUCCAGAUCGGAAAUGCUUGCUGGGAACUUUACUGCCUGGAACAUGGGAUCCAGCCAAACGGUCAAAUGUCCGGCAACAAAACCCCUGGAGCAGGAGACGAUGCCUUCAACACCUUCUUCAGUGAGACUGGAGCUGGGAAGCACGUCCCCAGAGCUGUGUUUGUUGACCUAGAGCCCACUGUCAUUGAUGAGGUGCGCACUGGGACCUACUGCCAGCUGUUCCACCCUGAGCAGCUGAUUACUGGGAAGGAGGACGCAGCCAACAACUACGCCCGUGGACACUACACCGUGGGGAAAGAGAUCAUUGACCUGGUGCUGGAGAAGAUCCGCAAAUUGGCUGACCAGUGCACUGGUCUUCAGGGCUUCCUGGUUUUCCACAGCUUUGGAGGAGGCACCGGCUCUGGCUUCACCUCCCUGCUGAUGGAGCGCUUGUCUGUCGACUAUGGCAAGAAGUCCAAGCUGGAGUUCUCCGUCUACCCAGCCCCCCGGGUGUCCACUGCUGUGGUGGAGCCCUACAACUCCCUCCUGACCACUCACGCCACCCUGGAGCACUCCGACUGCGCCUUCAUGGUGGACAACGAGGCCAUCUACGACAUCUGCCAGAGGAACUUGGACAUCGAGCGUCCCAGUUACACCAACCUGAACCGGCUGAUCAGUCAGAUCGUGUCCUCCAUCACCGCUUCCCUCCGUUUCGACGGUGCCCUGAACGUCGACCUGACCGAGUUCCAGACCAACUUGGUGCCCUAUCCUCGCAUCCACUUCCCUCUGGCCACCUACGCCCCCGUCAUCUCUGCCGAGAAGGCGUACCACGAGCAGCUCUCGGUGGGCGAGAUCACCACCUCCUGCUUCGAGCCGGCCAAUCAAUUGGUGAAGUGCGACCCCCGCCACGGCAAGUACAUGGCCUGCUGCCUGCUGUACCGUGGCGACGUGGUGCCCAAAGACGUCAACGCUGCCAUCACCACCAUCAAGAGCAAGAGCUCCAUCCAGUUUGUGGACUGGUGUCCCACUGGAUUCAAGGUCGGCAUCAACUACCAGCCGCCCACCGUGGUUCCUGGUGGGGACCUGGCCAAGGUCCAGAGGGCCGUGUGCAUGCUGAGCAACACCACCGCCAUCGCCGAGGCCUUUGCUCGGCUUGACCACAAGUUUGACCUGAUGUACGCCAAGCGCGCCUUCGUUCACUGGUACGUGGGUGAGGGGAUGGAGGAGGGAGAGUUUUCUGAGGCCAGAGAGGACAUGGCUGCGCUUGAGAAGGAUUACGAGGAAGUGGGUAUGGACAAUGUGGAGGAAGAUGAUGACUUGGAAGGAGAGGAGUAUUAAGGUGGUGGUUUAUUUAAUUCUGGGCCCUUUAUUAUGCACCGACUGCCCUCAUGUUGGUGUCUUGUACCUGUUAAAAGAUGUCUGUUCCUGACUGCAAAUAAAAUGAAUUGACUG